CAAUCACAUGACUCUUCCGUGAUGUUGAGGUACUUCCGCCUUGGUCAGUGAUCCACAUGGGCACAACUUCGCUCGUGUUUUCGCUCACAACUUAGCUUUUAAAACAUAGAUUCGUAUUUAUUCAGGACCAAAUAUGCAGUAUAUGCUAGCGCUUUUCGCAGCGGCCAGUUUGGUGGCCAGAAUAGCAGGGGACUGUGUUAUUGACACGGCAGAAGGACUGCAGGACAAGGAGAAGAAAUUGUUGGAGAGACUUGCCCCACUUACGAAAGCAAAUCAGUUGUUCAAGUUCAGAGAUAAUCCCUACAACUAUGAAUACAAAGCCAGGAUCUGUAACCCUGUAGAGUCCAGUAAGCCAGAUGCAGGCAUCAUACAGGUGGACAGGAAUGGCAGCGCUGAACACUCUCUGGGUAUGAUCAGUAAAGUCAACAUCAAGGCAGGCAACAACUGGAUGAUGUUGGAGUAUCGAGGAGGGGACAAGUACCACAGUCACUGUAAUGGCCUGGAGAGGACGUCUAUCAUCAUGAUAUUAUGUGACUCAUCUACAGUAGAGGGAACCAUGAGUAUUAUUGAAGAACACACAAGGAGCAAUGAAGAGGAUUGUUACUACUUGUUUGAACUGUAUAGCAAUGUGGUCUGUUCUGCCAAGUCUUCCAUACCCGGUGGUCUCAGUGUGGGCUCCGUACUGGUUCUUAUAUUUGUGGUUGUUGUCGGCUGCUACUUCCUGUUUGGGUUCCUGUACCAGCGCUUUGUGGUGGGCGCCAAAGGCAUGGAGCAGAUUCCUCACUUCAGCUUUUGGAAAGACUUCGGCAACUUGCAGGCUGACGGUUGUGAGUUGGUGUGUCGAACCCAGGAGGCAGGCCCUCCCAGGACGUACAAGGGCAUCGGGGACGACCAGCUAGGACUGGACGAUGAUGAUGAAAGAGACGACCAUUUACUACCCAUGUAGGGUUGCCACGGUGACAAGAUGUAAACAUUCUAGAUUGUAAACACCCAUGCAUAACGGUUGAUGCAUUGGUGGUUUUGUUAUCAGUUUUGUUUUACUUUUAGAAUAGACGUUGCUCAAGAAAUUAUGAUGAUAUUUCUUUCCUGGAUUUCUUUGUCCAGGUUGGUGUUAUGUUUUGUGGAAUAUUUUGUGAUUCACAUGUAAACAAAUAUACACAUUUGCAAUUUUUUUUUCACAGUAAAACAAAGGAAAAAAAUGAAAAGAAAUUUAGGCAUAUAGCUUCAUAGCAGGCUCUUAUGUGUACAUAUUAUUGAUGUUAUAAAUUUCCAACUAUAUAAGGUUGAUCAAAUUUGUAUGGACACAUAGUAUUCUGUGUUGUGUUAUGUAAACCAAGGCAAAUACUGGAUGUAAAUUUUAGUUGAAUUGAUAAAUCUUGAUCAUUCCACAAUAAUUGUUACAGAUAUGUGAUCAUAUAUUUGUACAGUUAGCAUCUGAUGUUGGUACUAGGUGGUUGCUUAUUCCAUAGAUACUUGAGAAGUUGUCUAUAUUUCUGAGUGAUAAUGAUCGUACCUGAAUUCCAUAUAGUUCUUGAUACCCAACCAUACACUAGAUUUUUUCUCUAUCCAGUGACAUUUACAAUAACAGUAAAUAAGUACAUGUCCUGCCUUUGGCAUCAGCAAAAAUUGUGCAAAGUACCAACUUAGAAAACCAAUGCUUUAACAUAAGAGCAUCUGUUUAGGAGGAAUUUCUCUUUCUCCAAGCUGAAAAUCUAUAUGCUUUGUAUACUUGUACACGUAUACAGAAAAGAUCUGUAAUAUAGCCUGGGUGUCAUCCUAGUUUAUUUUGUGUGGGAAUGAGAAUGGGAAACCUGGUAAACUAAAAAGAAUGGGACCCAGGUAAUCUGUAAUGCUAGUAGGCCAAAAUCGUCAGUUAUCAAAUGUUGUGUUUAGAAUAUGAAUAACUUGGACAAUCUCUGUAUACAGAGUAAUUCACUUAUCAUAUUAUAUUUGUAUGUCCUUGUGGUCUCUCCUCUUACUGACUAGCCCUAAAGUUAUCAUCAUAUCAUUUUGAAAUAGUACACUGUAUAAUGAUUAUGGUGUUUCCUUAAAAUGCAGUUUGACUUUGAAUGUAUUUAUUCCACAGCCAUCAUUUUCUUGUACAAUGCAAGUGUCUAAGUACCUUUGUGUACUACACAUCCUGGUACGUUAUACUAACAUGCCUGUCUCUAUAGUAGCAAGGUCAUUAAGACCUUAAGAAAAGAUCAGGGUCAUUGCUAUUUAAUCUGUGUGCACAAACUUGACUUUCUUGGAGAGAAUUUUCAGGGAAGUUGCGAGACAGAGUAGGUUGUUAACAUUAUCUUGUAACCCACCAUGGAUUUCUGUAGUCUCCAAGCAGACCCCACGGUGCCUUAGAGAUAGUAUCAAAGCUGGCCAAGGAGUAUAGCCGGCCAAAGGGAGUCAAACGGGCACCGGAGGGUGCCGCUAUACUAAGUCCCUCGCCAGCUUUUAUACUAUUUCUAAGGCACCGUAGGGUCUGCUUGGAGACUAGGAUUUCUGCCAGGGACUGAACUUUAUGUACAGAAGAUACAAAGAAAAGAAAAUUCUGCAUUCAUCUUGAAUUCUAUGAUAGCUUAGAAACUGAGAAACACAUGUCACCCACCCAUACAUUAAAAGAUUAGGUUUAAGUAAGUAAACAAGGGAUUGGUUUUUGCAUCAUGUAUUAGAAAGAAAGCUAAACUGUUUAUGACUUUGUUGAAAAUUGUAGUUUUAUGUAGACUAAGGUGUGAUUUUGUUGGUAAGACAUUAUUACUAGGGGUCAAAGGUUAACUGAUGACAGUUGUCUCAGAUGACCCAACUGUCACUACUGUGGUGAUGUCACAGUCUGCUGCUGUCAGGAAUAAAGUCAACAUUUUCUGUACAAA